CUAAGGACUCAGAGUCGGGGCUCUUAGCUACUGGAACCUCUUUAUCUCUCUAUGAUGUUCUCCUAGCGGCACAUGUGGAUGGCCCAGUAGGUCCACCAGGUCAAGGGAUCCUUGAUAAUGAAGGGCAUGUAUCAACUUACUCCACGCUCGCUUCAUCAUCCGAGAACCAUGAUGGGAUACUCCCUUCCUCUGACGCACUGCUUCAUCAAUCAAAGGAUGCGACUGAUUGUGGAGAUAUACCAAGCCAAUCUGCCCAAGGGCGACCUAUUUACAAUGAAGGUACCGGGUCGCACGAUAUCUUGCAUACCCUUCUGUUGUCGAGCCUUCGAGAACCGCAUAUUCAAAAUAUGGCACAAAUGUUGAAGCAAGUCAUGAAUGACGCUGGAGGUGAGGUUAAACAGAUGCAAGAUCAGAUGGAACGGGAAAGGGCAUCUUCUCAAAAGCAGAUCAAAGAGCUUGAGAGCCAUUUCAUAAGCGUGAACAAAGCGCAAGCAUCCGAAAUCAAAAUGCUGCAAGAUGAGCUUAAUAACAAACAGAUUAGUGCAAGGUCAGCGGUCACCAACACGCAGCAGCAGGUUCAGGAACUCGAUCAAUCAACGAUCCUUCUGAAGCAGCAAAAUGCGUACUUAUCUGAAAAGCUUGCGCGCAUGGAAACUCUAAAUAAAGAGUUAGAGAUGGAAAGUAGCCUUCGUAAAAUGGCGGAGGAACACAUGCAAACGAUUCUGUUUGUCGUACUAGAGCCAAUGUCUCCGAGCCAGACCACCGUGAUCGCCAAACGCCAAUUUGAUCCCCAUCCUUGCACUGAACUCCCUCCCAGAGCGCUCAGGCCUGCGGGUGUCACAGCAUCUCGAAGAGCAUUCUCCAUAACCGCACCUGAACUUUGCAAAGAUUAUCCUUACGUCUUGCAAACAGAAAAUGACACUCUUUAUGUUCCAUAUCGUGAGUAUCGGGGAAGUUGUCCACCUCUGGCCGUGCCUCGUGGAGAUUCGUAUGCACACCCGGGCGAUGUCUAUAUUGACUUCAGCAAGGGACGCCACGCCCUCUAUGGAUGCACGAAGACAGAUUCACAGGGAAUAACGUGGGUGAAAUGGCGAGGGCCUGCUCCUACAGACUCCACCACUAAAGCGCAUCUGAAACCUCCAUCAGUCGCUUCCGUUUUCAAAUGGACCCUUAUUCAGUAUCCAGAUCCAUGUGGAUUCAAACGCUACUUAUGGUGUGACGGUCAGAACGUCUCAUGGUGUUCAGAAGAAGACGUCAAAGCAAGCAGAGCAAAGCUAUUGGCGGAUCUUGACCCAAGCGCAAAGUCGUAUAUCGGUGGAGAGUGGGUAAUUGAAAAGUUACUUGCGUAUGAAAGAGGUCUAUCCUCCCAAACCAACUCGAAGCGCGCUCUUCUCGCACAGUCAGACUCAAGUCAACAUGCCGAAGGUCCAUCGCAGAAAAGAGUAAAGACAACCACUGCCGAAAACAUACAGCCUACCGGACUACAAUCAGGUUCGACAAAAAUCUCAGUCUCAACGCAGGCAGAAGAUACAACCCAGAAACAUGACGCACAGCUGGAUCCUCCUCCCAACGCCUCUUCAUCUACACCAGCUCCCCGCACUCGCCAGGUCCAAGUUGUUGGGAACCCUGGCUUACCUAGUAGCUCUCGCGAUCGACAGAAUCAUGAUAUUCCGAAAAUGUUUACAGACGACAAUGGUACACGGAGGUUCUGGGCGAUGCAAGAAAUGUACACGAAAAACCUCGUCGCUUUGGGGCAGGAACUUCGCUCCAUUCGUGAAACGAAUGUGAAACUUCGAACAGACCUUGACCAUAAACUGGGUGCGCUUGCCGUGGUACCUGCCCCAGCUGUGGUCCCCAAUCCCCGCUUGCAGGACGCAUCCACGGACUGCGAAGGUUUACUGGGUGCUGGUGACAGCGUGAAAAACGACAUCUUCCAAGUAAAACCACCUGUCGAACGUGUUCCAGAGUCUGGUUCCGCUGACGACGACACCUCAUGUGCUCUCAUUUUGCUAAGUUUACAAGGCCCGACCAAAGGAAACCUAGCGCUUAGCUUUCGCCAAGCAAUGAAAGAGGCUCUCCAUGAAUCUGAAUUGGCGCGUGCUAAAAAUGAAAAACUGCAGGCAGAAAUCAACCAAGAACGUUUGGCUACUCAGAAAAAGAUAUAUGAUCUCGAAGAACGACUAACCCGCGCGAAGCGACAGUUUGUCCGUGAUUUUGAGAGUCUGAAGGUAGAUUGUAUGGUGGAACAACAUCUUCACGACGAGGCCGAGGGGGAACUGAUACGUCAAUCUGCUGAACAGGAAGAAAAGCUGCGUAACAUUGAAAUCUUACAUAUGCAAGAGGAGGAAACCUUGACCCUUGAGCUGCAUGUGGCAGUCAAUCGAGCAGUUGAAGCAGAGGAGCAAUGGGCUGCAGCACAGAAACAAAUAUCUGAUUUGGAACAUGGGUUAAGCCUUGGUACAUAUUCAAAUCAAUCAGUUAAUGACCGGUUAUCCGAAAAACUAGAGCAAGCCGGAACUGCACAUGCUUCACAGGUAGAAGGACUGAAGACAGAACUUCAGAAAGAACAAAAUCUUCGUCAUGAGGCGGAGAAGAAACUACAAAAUCUUGAAGGCAAUCUGUUGAAAAUGACUCAGUUGAUGCACUCUAUGCUUCCUUCUGGUUCGCAGCCCGAGAAUUGAGGGCAAGUACGUCAGCAAAGAGCACACCAUAUUAUACAACACUUUUAUUAUUGUACUUGUAUUGUUCAUGUAUCAACGGCAGCACCUGGAAUAUUGUACACCGACAUCGUGUACCAUCCUAUAUCAAAUUGACAUGAUUGAUGUUCGCAGC